CUCCCUACACUAAAACUCUCCAAGUUGUGAUUGUUGUGAAUUUUAAAAUUAAAUUUUUGUGAUUAAAUGUGAUCGCGGUUCAGUCGAGUGCGGUGGGUGGUGGUACGAUACUGGUUUUAUGACCUCCCGGGAACUAAAUUAAUUUAUACACUCACUGACUCAUCCUCGUAAAACAAUUUAGCAUUGAAUCAUAAUAUUAUUGUUAUUCAUCGCCAUCGGCGAAUCGGGGUCAAUACAGAAAAUAAAGUCAUUUUGCAUGUUCUCCAGUGAUUUAUUUCAAAAUAGAUAAAAGCGAAUGUAAAUCGGUGUUUUUUUUUUCUAAUAUAUUAAAAUAUGGCAAGUGCAAUGGAAGUUGGUGUGGGGGAUUUUGUCCUCAUGGACAAAAUCACUUUGGAGAAUUUCAUGAAAAAUUUGGAGGACAGAUUUAAACAUGGACUAAUAUACACCUACAUAGGAGAAGUAUGUGUAUCAGUAAAUCCUUAUAGGACAAUGAACAUCUAUGACAAUUCAUAUGUGCAAAAAUACAAAGGUAGAGAACUGUUCGAAAACCCUCCUCACAUAUUUGCCAUCGCAGAUGCCUCACAUAAAGUAAUGAAACAACAACGCAGAGACACUUGUAUAGUGAUUAGUGGGGAGUCUGGGUCAGGAAAGACAGAGGCCUCCAAAAUUAUUAUGAAAUACAUUGCUGCUGUCACCAAUCAGGAUCUUCUAUACAUUCGCGAUUCUCGUAAACAUGGCAAAGACGAAAUCGAACGUGUCAAGAACGUCCUGAUCCAGUCAAAUACGAUCCUGGAAGCGUUCGGUAACGCCAAGACUAACAGGAACGAUAACUCUUCCCGUUUCGGGAAAUACAUGGACAUUCAUUUCGAUUUUAAAGGGGACCCCAUCGGAGGCCAUAUUAGUAAUUAUUUGCUGGAAAAGAGUAGGGUCACCACCCAACAGAUGGGAGAAAGAAAUUUUCAUUGUUUUUAUCAGCUCCUUACCGGUGCCGGUGACGAUCUCCUAAGGAAAUUGAACGUAUCCCGCAACCCGGACCAGUACAAUUAUGUAAAACAAGGCAAUUCCGCCCGAGUGGACGGAAUAAACGAUAAAUUACUCUUCAGGGAUGUCACUACAUCACUGGGCACCCUUAUGUUCAACAAAGAGGACCAGGACACCUUAUGGAGGGUGGUGGCGGCCAUUUUACACUUGGGCAACGUCGAGUUUGAUAUCGUCGAAGAAAAGUUGACUAUACGCAACAUGAAUCAUGUGGACCAUGUGGCGUCAUUGUUAAAAGUGCAAAAAACUGACUUGGUAAACGCCCUCUGUGAAAGGGUGAUAGCAACUAGAGGGGACAUAAUGCGUAAGGAGCAUACAGAUUCUGAGGCCACAUAUGGACGAGAUGCUUUGGCCAAAGCCGUUUACGAGAGGUUGUUCGAUUGGAUUGUUAAGAGGAUUAAUUCCGCAAUUGCUGUAGAUCCUGGCAAUUUAAGAAAGGUUUAUCAGAGCUCUUUAAUUGGGGUUUUGGACAUCUACGGUUUCGAAAUUUUCGACAACAACAGCUUCGAACAGUUUUGCAUCAAUUAUUGCAACGAAAAGUUACAGCAGCUAUUUAUCGAGCUGGUGCUGAAGCAGGAACAAGAAGAAUACGAGAGGGAGGGCAUCGAAUGGACCAACAUCGAUUAUUUUAACAAUCAAAUUAUCUGUGAUUUAGUCGAGGCGCAGCAUAGAGGUGUAAUGGCCAUAAUGGACGAUGCAUGCAAAAUGACUGCCGAGAAAGUGACAGAUGAGCUGCUACUGGAAGCUAUGGACAAACAACUGAAGGGACACAACCAUUAUAUGUCCAGGCAAACGAAAACCACGGAGAAAACGUUGAGGCACAAAGUGGACUUUAGAAUAACGCAUUAUGCCGGAGACGUGACUUAUUGUAUCGUGGGCUUUUUAGACAAGAACAAGGACACGCUGUUUCAAGAUUUCAAGAGGCUAUUGUUCAAUUCUACUGAUCCGAAUUUGAAGGAAAUGUGGCCUGAGGGGGCGCAACACAUUAGUCAGGUAACAAAACGCCCUCCAACAGCCGGUACUCUCUUCAAAACCUCCAUGCAAGAAUUGAUUAAGACCCUGAUAAGCAAAGAACCUCACUACGUAAGAUGUAUCAAACCCAACGAGGUGAAAUCGGCGUCAUCGUUCGAUCAUCAACGCGUACGUCAUCAAGUCAGUUAUCUGGGACUACUCGAGAACGUUCGGGUAAGAAGAGCCGGAUUCGCUUAUAGGCAAAGAUACGAUAAAUUCCUUAAAAGAUAUAAAAUGAUUUCGCAUUAUACCUGGCCGAACUUUCGUAACGGAUCGGACAAGGAUGGCGUUCAAGUUAUUAUUAACGAAACUGGGUUUAGUAAUGACGUGAAGUAUGGCAGAACUAAGAUAUUUAUUCGAUCACCUAAGACCUUGUUCGCUUUGGAGAACGCUAGGAAUGAGCUGAUUCCCAGUAUUGUGACCCUUAUACAGAAAACUUGGAAAGGUUACAAGGCGCGACAACUUUACAAACGUAUGAAAGCCCUCAUGGUAAUGGUGAAGGCGUACAGGUUAAAAAAACUGCGAGAGUACGUGAACAAACUGCAGGUGAAGUUCCGAAAUGCCAAGAAUAUGAAGGACUAUGGCAAGAGCAUUAUAUGGCCCGAGCCACCCAAAUCUCUUCACAACACCGCAAAACUACUACGGAUGGCGUACAACAGAUGGCGCGCCUUCAUGAUCUUAAGUAAAGUGAACAAGGCUGAUUGGCCGCAAAUGAAACUGAAAAUCUACGCGGCCAGCGUCUUAAUCAAUAAACGUCCGUAUUACGGCAUCAAUCGGAAAUGGGAGGGCAACUACUUGGCCAGACUAGAGGACAACAGCAAUUAUUCGUCAUUUAAUGAGGCGGUAAACAAUUUGAGGAACACGAAGCAUUUCAGUCAAGUUCUGUUCUCAUCGUACGUCACCAAGUUUAAUAAGUUCAAUAAAGUGGCGGAGAGAGUGAUGGUGAUUACCGAUCAGCAAAUAUUUAAAUUGGAUUGCGAAAAGUUUAGGAAUAUGAAGGAGGGGGUGCCUCUGAAGGAUUUGACUGGUAUUAGCGUGAGUCCUGGACAAGAUCAGUUGAUAGUCCUUCACUGUCCUGGAGGGAACGAUUUGGUGGUGUCUCUGCAUUGUUUGAAGCAAGAGGAUCGGAUAGGCGAGUGCGUAGGGAUUUUAUGUAACAGAUUUCAUCAAUUAAGAAACACCGACUUGCCGGUUCAAGUAAGCAAAGCGAUCCAGUGUUCCCUGGGCCGUAAGCAGCGCAUGAUCCGUAUCCAAGUGGCCGCGGAAGCCCAAAAUGCCACAUUCAAGAAGGACGGCAACGACAUCGUUUACAUGCUACCAUCAAAUUUUGCCGUAUUGGAAAACGGGAAUAACCAUUAUAAGAAUUAACGUGGGUCGAUUGCGUGUUUUUAUGUUAUUUAAGUUUUAAAAAAAUUGUGGUUUUAAAGCACAAGUCGAGGUACAAGAUAAUUUUUUGUUUGGGAGACCAAGUUUCCAUUUAGGUUUUGUUGUGAAUAUUAAGUAUUAAAGUUAAAAACUGUUACGUGCAUUACUGUUUAGUGCAAUGUGACUUUCGCAUUUGUUGACGACUCAGGUUUGCUAUUUUUGUAUAUAAUUUGAAUUAUUGUACUUACAAGUUCAUAUUGUCCCUUUUUUAUUGGAAAAAGCCACUUUCUAGUGCCUUUCAGUGCCUUUCUACUUACAACGAUAUACAUAUUUAGGUAUUUACAGUAUAAGCGACAAAAUAUAUAUUAAUUGUUUAGAAACUGCUGACAGACGGGCGGCUUAAUUUGUAUCACCAUUUUUAUUUUAUUAAUUGUUUGGCUAAGCAUUGGAUUUUAAAAUGCUUAUGUUGCAACUUAUGCUUAAGACUAGGAAACUAAAUUACGGAAACGGGUGAGGGAAGCAUGGGAUAUCGAAAAGAAAAAUGUAAUUUUGCCAACUAUCAGAAGAGUUUAAAUUUUAAAAUUCAGCUACCCUGUAAAAAUCUCCCUUCACCUGGAUAUCGUAUUUUAUAUUAUUUGGCAUCUUACUUAGUGUUAGCACCUGUGAUUUUUUUCCUUUAUACGUGCAUUGUUUUGCUAAAAUUGCUUCAAUUAUACGGGGUGUUUCGUUAAACUAAUACAAGUCAAUGGAGCGAUAUUGGAUGAGAAUAAAGAUUUUUUCAAAGGAAUAUCAUCAUUAAUGAAAUUAUUAAGCUUUCUCCGCUCCUCCGUCAUUUUUUCGUCUACCCUCCUCGAGCCAAUGAGAGAACUCGAUAAAAAUGAAUAAUGCAAAUUUAACAAAAAUGGUUUAAAGAAAUCUCCAAAAUAGCCAACAAAUAUAAAAUAUAUACAAUGUACUUGUACCAAAAAUCAUAAUAUUAUAUGUGGUAUUUUAGGGUUUGCGCCAACACAAUACCUAAUAACAAGUAAUGUUCUUAGUAUACUUUAAAAGCACUACACAUAGAAUAUAUCAAAGACCUGCUGCCGCAUGUUCUGCAUCUAAACAUUCAAUUUUGAAAAAUUUCUUCUUCAGGUUUUUUAACAUUAGUGAUUUAGCUUGGCGAACUGAAACGCAAGGUAAUCUAAAAGAAGUGUGAUUCUUAAAGGUUUACUUUUAAAAAGUCUUGUUUGUCUUGGAGUCAAGCAGCUGCAUAGCUAAUAUCCAUUAGAUGAAAUAUUGAACAGAUUGUCCAAUUUUGUCGUUUUGGACAUUUGGCUCUAACCCUAAGCCGGUCGACACCGUUCUUUUUUGGAUUAUAGUACUUUACUACUUCUUUUCUUGAACAGACCAACGCCUGCACUAUCUACUAUGUUCAGACCCAAAUUUCGAGGAUUCGAGGUGAGUCGAGCCAUUUAACAACAGUCAAUUGUUUAAUUUUUAGUCAGUUUUUGAUUUGCUAUUUUUCAUCAUAGUUUCGCGGUAAAGUAAAUUUUUUUGGGCAAGCAUUGCAUCAAUCAGUUUUUCCAGAGGGUGAAAUACGGAUCUAUGAAAACAGGUACGCCUAUAGUUAGGGCGUCAGCCAAUUUCAGUAAAACUCUACCAACAAAUAUCAAGGCUAUCGGUGUGAAGGUACUAUAAACUGCAGUGCAGUGCAGAUUUAGAGGAAUGCCUUUAGGUGUGGCUUACCCCCUCACAAAUUGUCUCCUUACCUUGCCGUUGAAGGUAAUCCUCUGUUUCGUCCACGGAAAUAUCUAGAAAUUCUAGGCAUGUCUUUUGAUUUUGACCUCAUUGUCUCAUUGCAUCAUCAAUCAUUGGUCUUAUUUUCCAAUAUUUGUUGUUUUUCGCUGUAAACGGUACGGUCAUUCACUAAUUGAGGCAGUAUAGAGCCUCCAGAAAAUCCGAUUUGCGGCAAAUUAUGAAUUUCAAUCAACACUCAGGCUGCAAAAAAAUUAUCAGCGUUUAUGUACAGGAAAUUUCCAGAUAUUUUUACCUCUGUCACGUUGGUGAACAUCGUUAUGGACUUAAAUCAUGAAUCGUCUAGACUCUAGAUAUUUGGCGAAAUAGUUUAUUGGUUGUGGAAUCUUAUUUCGUGAUUCCCAGUUUUCAAUUUUCGGCUCAAAACUGCUUCUUUUUGAUUCAUUAUGCUCCUAGGAUCGCUCACUUUGAGCUGUUGGAAUAAAUUCUUCAUCGUCACUAUCUAUAACAAUUAUUAAUUUCAUGAGAAAAAAGCAUGUUGCAAAGCUAUGAGGUUUUUUUUAUUGUUAAUUAUGAAGUUUGAUUAUACUCAAUGGGAUUUAAUCUAGACCAUUACUAUAUGCUUUUGUUCCUAAUACAAUUGGCAGUCACAAAAUUCUUUUAGCGCCAAGUAAGGUAAAUUGAUUUAUCUGUGCAUUGCGUUCUAGAGGUUUAGAGAUUUGAAAGGAAUUUGGCAUUACUUCAGUAACAGUCCCCUCUAUUUCAAUAUUAUUUUUAAUAUUUGUUUUACCCCCAAUAUCGCAAUAGAUAGGCCACAUGUAUUUAAUUUUAUUAAUUUGCUUUUAUUUUUGGUCUGCUUAUUCAUAUCUUUAUGAUCAUUGUUGUUUUUGCUGUCUUAAUAAUGUAAAGAGUCUAACCUCGAUUUAAUUUCUUAGGUCUCGAAGGGUAUCAAGUUCAAUAAAUACGCUAUACUCUGUAUGAGGCAUUUAGAUAAAGUAAAAUUCAAUUUUUGUCCAGGCUUUUGAAGUAAUAAAUGUUAAGUUUCUUCCUGACAUUUGCAAUUAUUUCUUCUAGCUUGUUGGGAAACUUCUUAUGGUUUUGACCUUCAAAGUAUCUUUUUAAUUUAAUCGAGUCAUUAAAAACCAUUUUCCAUUUUAUUUCAGGCAUUUGAAAUUUGGGGUUGUACUCUGUUGUAGGGCUCUUAAAAUAAUUUCUUAUAUAUGUCAUUUUAUUCAAGGCAAUUGAAGCAAUUUUUCAUAUCUUCCAGCCAUUUUUAAGCCAUCUUAAUUUAUCUUCUGAAAUAAUGUUAUCGAGGUUGAACGAAUAAUUCUUGCCUUCUUAGACUUAAAGGAAUUUCUUACGUAUUUUACCAAUUUUUUAUUUUUAUUCAAAGCCAUUUUUCAUUUUAUUUCAGGCAUGUGAAGUAAUUUUUAAAAUUCUUCUUGAUAUUGCAAUCUCCAUUAGGAGGAAUAUAUAUGGUAAUAAUGGUUGCAUUUACUUUACCUUUACAUUAUGCUGCAGCACAUUCGAAAUUAUGUCGCACACACAAAUUUUUUACUUUCGUUUUCACUUUAUACCACCAUGCUGAUUUUCGUCUUGACGGAACAUAGAUAGCAACUUAAAGUAAUUUAUUGCAUUCAAUGAUAGUUGCUCUUUUGAUUUGCACAUUGAUCUUAGACACAAAUCGCAAAUAUUAUAAUCAUACUUCGGGCCCAAAAAGGCUUCAAAAAACUUUCAUCGGUUUUUGAUAGAGGGUCCUAAUGAAACACUCCCUAUAUUGUAGAAACGCGUAAAAAAAAGUAUUGAAUCCCUUAUAUUUACUGUAGGAGAGCCUUUGUACUUGUAGUAUGGAUCUUUAAAAAUUAAGUGCCAUGCUCUUUAUGCAAGUGACUCUGAAGUUAUAAAAGGAUUUUUUUUCAUUAUCCUUCAGUUCCGCAUCAUAAUUUCGACCAGUUUUUUUCCAUAACUAAACUCAGCUUCAGAGUCAUCCUGUAUAUGAACUAAUAUCAUUGUAGACAGGGUGUCCCGUAAACGAAUUCAUGUUGCAAUAGUGCCAACGAUUAUUAAUCCCGUUUAUUGCUUCCAGUAAAGUUUCCAACAAACUGUGAUACUUUUAACAAUUUCCUUUUUUUAUAUUAACGGGACCCCCUGAUUGUGUUAUAUUGUACUAGUCUAAGGUGGUCAUAAUAUUAUAUACAAUUUCAUACACGGAUCGAUUUGCAGUAAUCGUGGCCAUAUUUAGAUUUAUUGUUUUUUUUUUUGUUUAUCUUUAUAGUUUUAAGCGACUUUACAAGCUUACUUCUUUAAAAUUAUAUUUACUAUUUUAGCAGGA